UUAAUGGUUUGCCUGUCUAUUAAAAAGCAUCCGGCUGAUAAAUCCUCUCCAAUUUUGGCGGGAAGACGUUAAGCCCUAAACUGCCAAUCACCGAUAACCCUUCAAUCUCCCUCUCCUUUUAUGUUCAACAUCUUCGGUCUUUGUGUGCCCAUCCGAAAUUCUACAAUCCUUCCGCUUCUAAUCUCUUUUUCCACCAAAACCUCAAUCAAACGUACAGCAAUCGCCCCUUUCCACUUCCCCAAACAACAGAAAUACCAUUUCUGUUUCUGCUUCCAAGAUUCAGCAAUGCCUCCUUCUUCCAAAGCCAAAAUCGUGGCGGAGUACGCCAAAUCGAAUCGGUCAUCGUGCAAGAAGUGCUCCCAAGUGAUUUCUGCUAAAGCCCUGAGGUUGGGUUUAGUCACCAGAGACUCGCGAGGGUUUGGUAUGACCAAAUGGCACCAUUUGGGUUGCUUCUCAGAGACGAUUGAGUCCACGGAGGCAAUCGGAGGGUUUGCGUCUCUCCAGAUGCAUGAUCAGGAAGCUUUGAAGAAAUUGGUGAGUGAGCUUAAGAAUUCUGUGACCGAGGUUUCAAAUGCAAGUAAGGAUGCGAUUAAAGGAAGCACAACAAGUAAUCUAAAGAGAACAUUUGAAAAUGUGCAAGAGGUUGUACUGGAGGAAAGAAAUUUGAAAACUAAGUUAGCUAAUGAGGAAGGUGAGCUGGAGAUUGCCUUUUCACUGUCUGAUAUCAAGGAAACAUAUAAGGAUGCCACGUUAUUACCCAAGUGGAAGGCAUUCCAGACACUCAUAUUUCUUGAACGAGAUGAUGGUCUCCAGGAUUCAAAUAAAAUUGCUGCAUUUGAUUUUGAUGGAUGUCUUGCAAAAACCUCUGUUAAGAGAGUAGGUGCAGAUGCGUGGUCCCUUAUGUAUCCCUCAAUACCAGACAAGCUGCAAAGCUUAUACAAUGAUGGCUACAAGCUGGUUAUCUUUACAAAUGAAUCUAACAUCGAUCGUUGGAAGAACAAAAGACAGACAGCAGUGGACUCAAAACUUGGACGUGUCAACAACUUCAUCAAGUGUGUGAAGGUUCCAAUGCAGGUUUUUGUAGCUUGCGGUUAUUCCUAUGAUAGAGUGGAGGAUCCAUUUCGCAAGCCCAAACCUGGAAUGUGGUGGAUCAUGGAGAAACAUUUCAACUCUGGCAUUUCAAUCGAUAUGGAUAAGUCCUUUUAUGUUGGGGAUGCAGCAGGGAGAAUUGAUGAUCACAGUGACGCUGACAUAAAAUUUGCUCAGGCCAUUGGAUUGAAGUUCUUUGUCCCUGAGGAUUACUUUGGCGCAUAAAAGAUCUUGGGCUAGCAGCUCCUGGUGGCUGGUGCAGGAGUUAGUAGCACCUGGUCCAGAUCGGAAUUGUACAUCUACGAUCUCUCUGAUGUAUUGAAUUAUCGUGUUUGUAGUUAAAUUUUUUAUGGAAAUGAUUUUUUUUUUUAUUAAAAAACAGAUUUCCGUUUUUUCAAAAAAUUGUUUACAAAAUAGAUUUUUCAUUAUGUAAAACUAACGUUUUAAUUUAGAUUUUUUAAUUACAAUCUAAAUUAUUUAUAUUUAGAAUUAUAAUAAAAAUAGAAUAAUAAGUAGGACUAAAUUCUAAUAAAUGUUAAAUUAAUUUUAAUAGCAAAUUGAAUUUAGUUUUUCAUUGUGAU